AGAAAGAGGGCAGAUCUCAGUCAUAAUUUUUUCCUUUAGGACUCGCUCAGGCUUUUCUUCAUUACCCUUCCUCCAUCACCCCAGACCAGGUCGAUAGUAGCCAUCAUGCCUCCCAAGAUCGACCCCAACGAGAUCAAGAUCAUCCACCUCCGGGCCACCGGUGGUGAGGUCGGCGCUUCAUCCGCGCUGGCUCCCAAGAUCGGUCCUCUUGGCCUCUCGCCCAAGAAGGUCGGAGAAGAUAUCGCCAAGGCUACUGGCGACUGGAAGGGCCUCCGCGUCACGGUCAAGCUCACUAUCCAGAACCGUCAGGCCGCUGUCUCUGUUGUGCCCACUGCCUCUUCCCUGAUCAUUCGCGCCCUGAAGGAGCCUCCCCGUGAUCGCAAGAAGGAGAAGAACAUCAAGCACUCCAAGUCUGUUCCCUUCGACGAGAUCGUCGAGAUCGCCCGCACAAUGCGCCACAAGUCUUUCUCCAAGUCUCUCGAGGGUACCGUCAAGGAGGUUCUGGGCACUGCCUUCAGUGUAGGAUGCCAGGUUGAUGGUAAGAGCCCAAGGGCAAUUACCGAUGCCAUUGAGGCUGGUGAGCUCGAUGUGCCCGAGGAGUAAGAGUACCCCUUUGACCAACGAUGAAUUCCGCACGACUCUGGAGUUACGGGGAAUGGUUCGGAAGAGUCCUUCGGCGGACUCAUAUCUUCUCAAUAAAGUUCCCGACCCUUCAUGACCGGGUGCCCAUGAGCUACCACGUUCUGAAACAACAUGCGAACCGAUUGACUGUGCCCCUUUGGCUUAUCGACGCCUUAAGGGCACGUCAUCUGGGCAACAAUGAAUACUUGUGCAAUACUGGAAUGUGUUUCCAGCCUGCACACGAUUCUGCGAAAA